UUGCCCCUGCCCCGGGGGGUGGAGGCCUUCCUUUGGGCAGGGCUGGGGUGUAGAGACAGCUGGCCGGGCUGUCGCGUUCUAGCAGGGACUGAGAACCGGGGCCCUGUGUCGGGCAGCUCCCCGCUUCAGUGCGGGGUGCCUGGGCAGGCAGGUGUCCCUUGCACUGAGGCGUUUUGGAUGCAAAUUCGACGAAAUAGGAGCAGUUUGGAUUCUGCCUCAAGUGCGAGGACAGGCUGAGUGGUCUCAGCCCCCUUUUGCACCUGGGCAGUUAGGGAAUAACGGUGUCCUGCUACCUGAGGCAUAGGUCUGGGCCGUUAAAAUGUUACUUAUCUUUUGGGUGUGCUCUCACUUAAAGACGAGGCCUGCAUUUUAAAAGUGCUUGAUUUUUUUUUUGGUACAAGCUUGCAUAUGGGUCUCUUGCCAGGGAACUAGUGAAAAUUCAUGGUGCCCAAAGCCAAGGAGUGAAAACAGCAAAUGAGAUUUUGUGUAUCAACAUUAUUUGGAAUAUUGCCUUAAAAUAUUUAACUUCAGUGGUUGACUAACCCUUGUAUUAGAAGAACUCUUUGACAAAUAAUCAACACUACCCGCCUCUCAAGAUGUCCUAGAUUUACACUGAGAAGUUCUGCAGGCAUAAAUUCUGAGGGGCAAGUUGUUUAUUUGACAGUGUUUUGCUGAUAGAGCUAACCUAGUACAACUAUGGCUUAGAGGCAGAAAGUCUAACUUCAUUGAUAGUGUUUAAUUUGCUUGCCAAAGCUGUAUAAUCUGCAGAGGCCUUUCUGGUGGUGAAGCUGUCUGUGUGAGGAGGCUGCUCAGUGUACAACCAUGGCUGGAAACCUUUUAAGUGCAGAUAAGUCUCCAUGGUGUUAGAAUCUGAUGACACACCCUGUCACACAACAUGCUACUGGAGUGUUUCUACUCCGUGUGAUCCUUUUGAAUUAAUUUCUGCUCUGGGAGUAGCAUUACUAAGUGAUGGACUUUUUUUUUUUUCCCUCUCUUCUCUUUCCCUCAAUCCUGCCUUAAAAUGAUCAGCCUGGACCACAGUGGUAUUUUUCAGCAGCCUCCAAGGCACGCCUCAGGUGGAAGCAUCCAAAAUGUUGCUCCAGAAGCUUAAAUGUAGAAAUAAUGCAGCUAGCAGAGGGGAGAGCUGCCUUGGGUCUGCUCUCUGUGUCACCACCUAUCUGCCAGAUUUGAGGGGAUUACAAAUACAUGGCUACCAAGAAGAUUGAGACUCCCUUUUCACAAGGAGUGACAUGGAAAAGACAAGGGUAAUGGGCACAAGUUACUCCUGGGGAGAUUCCAGUUGGACUCUAGAAGGAAAUUUGAGGACAGUCAGACAUUGGAGCAGUCUCCCAAGGGAAGUGGUGGAUUCCCUUCACACUGAGCAGUUUAAAGACUCAGCUAGGCAGGGUGUUGAGUCACCUCAUAUGAACUAUAUUAUUACCUAGAAAGGUUGGACCAGACCAUCCUUGAGGUCACUUCCAACCAGGAUUUCUGUGAUUCUAUGAGUUUAUGAUCCUUUUAAAGGAGUAAGCUAGAAACUGCUAGUUCCUAAUGAGUUGUCAGAAUAGCCCAUGAACCCAGAACACUGUGCCCUCAAGCAGCAGCACAAGGGCAGGGAUGGUGCUGCUACCACCUUCUCCUUUGUUACAAACAAAGGAGAGUGUUUCUUUAGCCUGAGCAAUAAAACACCUGAAGAACAUUCCAGCACCCCCAAACCCUCUGCCUGCUCUUACCUGGCAAGAAAUGGAAGGCUAAGUGCAGAUGUGGUUGAAGGCAGGUCACCUGUAGCCUGAGACCUUGCAAGGCAGUGUGUUGUUAAGGUAAAUUUAGGGAUAACAGCCUUUCUAUGUGCUAAUCCUCUCUGCUACAGAUCCUCUCUGUGCCUUUUACAGCCCACCUCAGCUCUCUCCCUGCUCAGCUUUCCUUUCUGAGGAGCAGUAUUUAACUUGCACUCGUAAAACAGUGUGUCGCUGUGGGAGCGGUUGCAUGACACCUCGUUCCACCAGGGCUCUGCUGGUCACCUUCUCAGCACAAACUAAGCUAAAGGAAGAGGAGUUGCUUUAACUAAGAUACACUUAUCUGGAGAAAACGUCACUGUCCAAACAGGACCAGCUCUACCUGCCCCUGAGCUCUGCUGAUGACAAUGUCUCACUGGGCCAGUCUCCUCUCCACCGUGGCUAAAGUCAACCUGCUGGUCUUGGUGGUUUCUGUGGUGUUUUCCUGGUCAAGCCUAAGCGACAGAGUUCCCGAGUUUGCCCUUACAAAAAUAGAAGAGAGCGACAUAAAAGAUGACAGUGGGAAAGAGCCAAUAGCAGAAGAUGAUGCUGAUCCUGAAGACCUAGAAGUGUUUUACCCCACGCAUCAGUGGCAAACCAUCCGUCCAGGUCAAGCUGUUCCUGCAGGGUCACAUGUGCGAUUAAAUCUGCAGACAGGAGACAGAGAAGCCAAACUCCCAGAUAGUGAAAAUGGUAAAAGUGACACAAAAGAAGAGAGAAGAAGAAAAAGGCUGGGCAAGGUGGAUGUUGACUCUAGUUCAUUCACAUCCCAGGAGCUCAAAAAGGCAUUGGCUAAAAUGAAGGAAAGUGAAAAAGCAGAAAAAAAGGCUCACGAGGAAGAGGUGAGGAAGAAGUUCCGGCCCAUAGAGCAGCUGAAGGAGGAGUUUGAAAAGCUGAAUGUGAAGAUGGAAACAGAUUAUGAAAUUAUGGUUAAAUUAAUCAGCAAAUUCAACAGCUCUGCCUCCACGCUGGAUGAAAAAGUAGCAGCACUUUAUGAUCUUGAAUAUUAUGUUCACCAGGUGGACAAUGCUAAGGACUUCCUCUCCAUGGGUGGACUCCAGCUGGUGAUUGAGGGGCUGAACAGCACCGAGCCUGCACUGAAGGAGCACGCGGCCUUCGUCCUGGGAGCUGCACUGUCCGGGUGUGACAGUUUGAGAGGCACAAGAAGCCAGGCAAGGCCUGGAGCUGGGCUGCCAUUGUGGACACGUGUCACUCCUGGGCACCUCAAUCCUGCCAGCAGAGCGUUGCUCACUCUCAUUUUCUUCAUUAACAAGUUCUGGAGUGAAAACUGGGGAGGAGGAAAGGGAAGGGCAAGCAACCCCAGGGUCCAGAUUGAAGCGAUCGAGGGCGGCGCGCUGCAGAAGCUGCUGGUUAUUCUGGCUACAGAACAACCCCUGGCUGUCAAGAAGAAGGCUCUCUUCGCACUGUCUUCCAUGCUGAGACACUUCCCCUACGCCCAGCAGCAGUUCCUCAAGCUGGGUGGCCUCCAGGUCCUCAGGAGCCUCUUCAGGCAGAAGGGGAUGGAGACCCUCCAUGUCCGUGUGGUGACACUCCUCUAUGACCUCAUCAUGGAGAAGAUGCUGCUUGAGGACUCACAGCACGGAGAUCAAACGGAAGAGAAAAUCCAGCAGUACCAGCAAGUGAAGCUGGUCCCGGCGGUGGUGGAGCAGGACUGGUGUGUGGUUGUUUCCAACCUGCUGGCCAUGCCGGAGCACGACACGCGGGAGAAGGUCCUCAAGACAGUGGGAGUGCUGAUGACCUUCUGCAAGGAGCUGUACCGGGAGGACCAGGCCCUCAGCAGCACCCUCAGCCUCCUGCGCAGCGAGUACGAGGAGCUGGCGGCGGAGGAGCAGCGGGAAGGCGACAAGGACGGCUAUUUCGGGGAACUCCUUGGCUCAGUGAAUUCCAUCAUUCAGGAAUUAAGAUGAAAGUAGUUGUGGGUUGAGUCCCAUCACAGAUGAUUCGGGGCAACAGCCUGAGUUUUGCUGGCACCAGUGUAAAUGCACCUUUGAAUAAAUUGGUGGACUAAAAUGA